AUGGACGCCGUCCGCUCCGCCCUCCAGCCGGUAACCCACAACCUCCCGGCCCCGAUCCGCGACCUCGGCGUCUCCAUCAUUGGCGAGCACUGCUAUAAGUCCCUUCUCCUGGACAUCAACGUCGAGGAUGUCGACUGCAUCAAGCUCGGCCUCUCCAAGGGCGUCGGCCUCGGCAUCGUCGGCGUCUCGAGCAUCGUCAAGCUCCCGCAGAUCCGCAAGCUCACGGCCUCCCAGUCGGGCGAGGGCAUUUCGGUGCUCUCGUACCUCCUCGAGACGGCCUCGUACAUUGUGUCCCUGGCCUACAACUACCGCAACCAGUUCCCCUUCAGCACCUACGGCGAGACGGCGCUCAUCAUGGGCCAGAACGUCAUCAUCACGGUCCUGGUCCUCAACUACACCGGCCGUGCAGGCCUGGCGGCCGUGUUCGUGACGGCUCUGGCCGCCGCCGUCGCAGCGCUGUUCACGGGCAACCUAGUAGAUAUGCAGACCCUCGGAUACCUGCAGGCCGGCGCGGGCGUGUUGAGCGUUGCGAGCAAGGUCCCGCAGAUCCUGGCCAUCUGGCAGGAGGGUGGUACCGGACAGCUGAGCGCCUUCGCUGUCUUCAACUACCUCGCCGGCUCCCUCUCCCGCAUCUUCACCACCCUCCAGGAGGUCGACGACAAGCUCAUUCUGUACAACUUCAUCGCCGGCUUCCUCCUCAACGCCGUGCUCGCGUCGCAGAUGGCGUACUACUGGAACGCGCCGUCCAAGAAGGCCAAGGGCAAGCAGAAGGUCCCUGUCGCCGCUGCUCCUUCUUCGACCGGCUCUUCCACGGCCACGUCGACACCCAAGAAAGGACCCAGCACGCGCCGCCGUGCUUAA